UCCUGAUUUCGUACUCCGCGCUUCGCCGUCCUCGCCACAGUGCUACUAGGCGGACGGCAGACAGCAAGGCGAAGCAGGGCAGCGCGGUAGUUACACAGCCGUGGCCGACUGCCAGCUGUUUCGUCCGCUCAGCGGUGCCACAACCCUGACACAGUGACAGCGUGUUCAAGGCUAUCCUGACCGUCCCCUUGAAACGUUCUAGACGGAGGCAUAGAACAGAUGAAUGAGAGGACGAGAGCAGCUCUGGUGUUGCCAUGGAUCUGCAGCGCGGAAAAUGAUGUGAACGAGUAACUUUGAAAAACAAUUUCUCCCCCAAUUCCUACCUGGAAUAUUCGUAAACGGUACAAGAAGAACGCAGUCCCUGAACAUGGGAGACUUCGAAGGCAUAGAGUUUGGGUUGAUCCCUGAGGAGCGUUACGAUGACGUCAUUCACCAUUUGAGAAACAACUUUUUCGCCGACGAACCCUUGAACCAUGCCGUGUCCCUGUGUCGCCCUGGGGAACCGCACGCCGAACUAGAGGAACACAGUCUGACAACCCUCAGGGACGGCUUGUCGCAGAUGGCGGUCCACACCGACACUGACCAGAUAAUCGGGGUGGCCCUGAACGGGAUUCAGCGCCCCGGAGACAUAGCGACAGCCCAAGCCAAGCUGAAGACAAUGGCUGACAUGAAGUUCCGCCAGAUCUUUGACCUUCUGUACGGGGUCAACAAGAGGCUGGACCUCUUCAAGCUUCACGGAGUGGACAGGAUCUUCGAGUGUCGCAUUCUGUCGGUGGACAAGCGGUUCCGAAGCCGGGGACUGGCUCGGGAGCUGCUGAAGCGUAGCGAGAUUACAGCCCGAGAGUCAGGAUUCAAGGUGUUUAAGGAGGAUGCGACAGGUCUGUUUUCACAGCGCGUGGCAGAGAGUCUGGGAUUAAAGACCGUGUGUCAGAUCCGUUACUCCGACUAUACGGCAGAGGGCACUGGCGAGGUAGUUUUCAAGACGCCGUCACCCCACGACACGCUCAAGAUAAUGGUAAAAGUCUUGCAGUGAUCGCCUCGCGACAGCGGUACAUCUGUCCUUAACAUCUCCCGAUCGUCAGCUGUUGCUAAUUACUUUAAUGUGCAUCAGUUUUUAAAACACGCACACGUCAAACGCACUAAGAACUUUACAAUGAACGGUAAGGAAUAUCUAAGUCCUCCUUAGUAAUUAGACUACACCAUCAAAGUUGUCGCUAGGUUAACACUAUGUGGGCAAGUUUUGAAAAUUCUUCGGAAUCCAUCGGCUAUGUACGUAAACCAUCUCGCGAUGUUUAUAAAUUCGCCGAAAAUUUCGAAUUAAUUUCACGUCGUGUCAUACAAACAAAUAUCCCAAGGUAAUAAAAGACACGGAACAUUUCAGCAUUUUACGUCAUCGGUGGCUUGGGACGCGUGUCGCUUGUCAUCUUUUGUUUUCCGCUUCGCUAUUUGUUGUUCAUUUGUUUCCAAAAGCAGUGGCGCAUUCUGGGUAUGAAAGAAUGUAUCAGAAAGGUGAACAAGAUGGAUCUGAUGUAACUGUUCGUACGUGCUCGACAGCGUAAACACAGAAUAUGAACGUGUUUUGGAGACGAGCAGCGAUUAUAAGUCAAAGAUAACAUGUAAAUCGCGUAAAUCAGUGUUAGGUUGUGUGUUGGAAGUAUAUAUAUAUAUAUAAAUGUUAAUUGUUUGGUGUCAAUCAGAAAUUAUGAAACGUGUUUUAAGAAGCUUAACCCUAACUACUAACACAAAGCUACGAAAUUAAUGGUGAAGCUGAAUUAUUACAGGUUUGUCCCAUUGUUGCAGCUGGUUCAUUGAUUGAAAUCAGCACAGCAGUAACUUAAAGCUGUUUUGUCGCUAGAUGACAGCACAUGCUAAAGACAAACACCGUCUCGUCUCCCAAAAUUCUGUUAACAAUCGGUGUAUUGGUGUCGUGUUCCUCCGAGUGCACACAUAAACUGAGAACAGGGGAUUUACACAAUGAAGUGCCGCGGUUGGCAGAACUGGAAAACAAAUUUAACCCGUGGUUGCCGACACUGCAGUUGGCAUAACCGGUAUGAUCAGGCUUCACGCUGUCAACACUGCAUCAUUUGAGGUCAAUUGUUGUGAUACGCGAAAUUUAAAAUAGUUCCAGACCUUGUAAAAUUAAAUUUAUAAAUUUUGCUGAAUGGCAAUUGUAAUAUAGUGGACGUGUGUUUAUGUGUGCAUAUAUUUAGGGGUUUUAUUUGUAAACAAGUAGUCAAUUCGAUGUCGAUAAAUGUAUGAAAUAUAUAUUUGUUAAUAUAUGAGUGCUGAUAAAUACAUCAUUCUGACACACGAGUACGAGACAUGUAAGUAAACAUUAUAAAAGAGUUAAAUAUAAUUCUACAUACGCUGUCGUUAUUGAUAAAUUGUAUUUAAAAGGAACUAUUUGUGGUAAAUAAUAAGGCUCCAUAGUACGUAUGUUAUUAACUUUGCCAAAGGAAAACAUUGUGAAUUCUGAAUAUGAAAUUAUUGAUAUUUUAUACAAAAUUACUUCACGAUAUAAUGUAAUCUCGCUGUGGUAAAAAUGUUGAUGGUAAUUGGCAUCCUUAAUUAAAUGCUGUAUUAACAGUAAGGAUAAAUUACGUUUAUAAUAAAGUCUCGUAUGUAUAAAAUUA